GUGAACCAGAUGCUCCCACGAUGGGUAUCGAGGAAUAAACGUUUCCUGCGAAAACGAGAUAUUUCUUAAGACACAAGAAUCUGAUUUCAUCGGAGAUUGAAAAAAAAAAAGAGAGGAAGAAGUAAUGUACGGAGACGUAGGAGCAAGUGGGGAUGAUGGAGAAAGAGUGUUCGGAGGCGUGUUCGAAGGCGGCGACGCAGAGAUGCGAAGCUAAACCAAGUCCUGCUUUUGACGGCGGUACGAAGGUUCGAACCAGAUCCAUGACUUUACCAUCGUUCUUCAUCUUGUACUCUAUGAAGGCUUCGUGAUCCUCAGUCUCGAAUCUAUGUCUUCCUUCGUUCCACACGAUCUUCGGUUUCUCCAUCGCCGGCCUCGUCGCCAUUUUUUUCUCUCUCUCAUUUAAAAUCGAGAUUAUUAAUCUUAUCUUGUUGCUAAACCGGGGAAAACCGGUUUACUGAAUUAGAACGUAUAAUCUUCGUACACGUGGAAGGCGAUGGAGGCGGCAGAGUGUUUUGCUUGCUUCGUCGUGUUUAUUUGGCGUGAAGUAAAGAGUUCAGAGAGGAAGGAAGUCAAAACUUGAGAGAGAAAGAGAGAGUGGAUGGGGGACACGAAGGUGGAGACAAUCUCGAGGUUAGCUCAAUGGAGGAUUGAAAAUUUUGGACCUUGUUCUUUCAAAAAGUCCGAUCCUUUUAAAGUCGGAAUUUGGAAUUGGCAUCUGUCUAUAGAGAGGAAUCGUUAUCUAUCAGUGAGGCUUUUCCCAGAACUUUCUCGAGUAUCUAAAGAGCAACCUCCUGUUGCCAAAUUUGUUCUUCGUGUCUCCAACGUUGGUCCUAAUCGUAGAUUCUACAUCUCUCCAGUGUAUGAAAAACUGCUGCGUACAACUGAUGAUUGUGUGUGGCAUGUGGACUCCAGCUUCCAUGGUCGAUUCACCAUUGAUGUCGAAUUUCUGGAUCUCAAAAUCUGCCCUUUGAAUGGUGGUGAAGCUUCUCCUGUUUGGCCAACCGAUUCAACAAUGCAAUCAAUCUCCACACAAACCACUCUCAAAUGCUUAUCCCGGAUGCUAGAGGAAAGCAUCCUAACCGAUGUAAUCAUCCACACAGCCGAUGGAGCACUCUCUGCUCACAAAGCUAUCCUCUCGGCUAGCUCUACCGUUUUCAAAAGCAUGUUCCACCACGACCUCAAGGAAAAAGAAUCAUCCACAAUCCACAUCGACGACAUGUCAAGAGAAUCUUGCAUGGCUCUACUAAGUUACCUCUACGGAAACAUAACCCAAGAAGAGUUCUGGAAACACAGGCUCGCCCUCCUCGGUGCUGCAAACAAAUAUGACAUAACGGAUUUGAAAGCAGCGUGCGAAGAAAGCCUAAUGGAAGAUAUAAACUCGAGUAAUGUGCUCGAGAGACUACAAGAGGCUUGGCUGUAUCAGCUGGAGAAACUGAAGAAAGGGUGUUUGAUGUAUUUGUUUGAUUUCGGAAAGAUAUAUGAUGUCAGAGAAGAAAUCAGCAAUUUCUUCAGGCAAGCUGAUCGAGAACUGAUGCUGGAGAUGUUUCAAGAGGUUUUGUCUGUGUGGAAACCGGUCUAAUAUACUUUACACACAUGCAUUAAAUAUUUGAGCUUGAUGGUGUUUUGUUUAUAGUCUUGUUGUUCCCUUGUGUGUGUGUGUACUAACAACAGCUCUGGAUUUUGUUGUAUCAUCACUGUCUAAUCAUUAGACUCUAAAAUGUAUAGUUUUGAGUGGGUUUGCCUC